AAAACCUUUGAGUGUGUUUUUUUUUAAUUUUUCAAAUUCUUAGAAAAAUCCACCCAUAUCCCAACAUUGAUAAUUGGACAUGUGGAAAAUGCUUUAAAAAGGACACUAUAUUAUUGUACACUCCCCACACACAAGGAACACACCCAAUUUGUGAGCCAUCUUCUUCAGAAUUCUCUAGUGAAGUUUCUGUUCAUCAAAAAUGGCUGUUGAAGUUUGUGUCAAGGCUGCUGUGGGUGCCCCUGAUGUCCUUGGAGACUGUCCAUUUAGCCAAAGGGUACUUCUGACAUUGGAGGAAAAGAAAGUGCCUUACAAGAAGCACUUGAUCAAUGUUAGUGACAAGCCCAAAUGGUUCUUGGAGGUGAACCCGGAAGGGAAAGUUCCCGUGAUCAAUUUUGGUGACAAAUGGAUCCCGGAUUCUGAUGUCAUUGUUGGGAUUAUUGAAGAGAAAUAUCCAAAUCCCUCUCUCAUUGCUCCCCCUGAAUUUGCCUCUGUGGGCUCAAAAAUAUUUCCUACCUUCGUCUCGUUUCUGAAGAGCAAGGAUUCUAGUGACGGUACUGAGCAGGCUCUCCUUGAUGAACUGAAGGCUUUGGAAGAGCAUCUCAAGGCUCAUGGACCAUAUGUCAAUGGGGAGAAUAUUUGUUCAGUUGAUAUGAGCUUGGCUCCAAAACUGUACCAUCUCGAGGUGGCUCUUGGACACUUCAAGAAGUGGAGUGUGCCUGAAAGCUUGAGUCACGUGCGUAAUUACAUGAAGCUGCUCUUCGAGCGAGAGUCGUUCCAGAAAACCAAGGCUGAAGAAAAGUAUGUCAUCGCGGGGUGGGCUCCAAAGGUUUAACGCAUGAACUGACUCGAAACUGUAAUCGUGUUUUGUCUCGGGUAGUUAGCAGUUCGAUGGGUGCAGCAUUAUGAACGUGAUCUAUAUAGUAUGAUCUAAAUAAAAACGUUCAUCGUUGGUCUGUCUAUCGAUCAAUCCUUGUACUGUUUGU